AUGAUCAGUGUCGUCAAGGAUGGGGAAUUGAUGACCAACUAUGUCACAAUGAACCCAGUGCCGGCGGUGAUGAGUCUGAGUGAGGACCAUAUCCUGUACCUCAUUAUUAGUGAAGACGGGAAGGUCACACGGCUCGACUUUGGCAAAAGCUCGGGAAUUGUCACAGGAGACAGACAGGUGCAGGCGUUUGCGGUGCAACAAGCGCUGGAUGGAACCUUGGACAUUUGCAUUGCAGUCGAGACGAUAGGCUCCCGAUCUCACUUCUACCUGCUUCAUGCCAUUCGGCCGGACGAGCUUCUUCAACCCAUACCUUCAAAGGAGAUCAUCGACGGCCUCAACUUUCCCGCCGUAGCUCACAUCUACAUGGGGAACAAAUCCAUGGCCAUGUCUCAGUCCCUGCCGCUGGUGAUGGUUGCCUUCGUUCGGCCGGACCGACUCACCAAGACGGAAGAACUCAACUUUGUCGAAUUCAAGGGCAGGGACGCCAAACUCAACGGCGACUGGGAUGUCGAAGCAAACCCGCAACGCAUCCUUGCAGUGGAGCUUGGGACAUGCUCACUCGGCGAUGGGGCGUUUAUUCUGUACGAAGGCCAGAGUGGCAUCAUGCACCUGCUGUUCCAGACUUUCACUGGCCCGAUCAAGUUCUCUGUUCAGCCUCAGUGCCCCGAGGGAGCGGUGGGACUGAGCAGCUUCCUGGAUACUCGAACACAAAUGACCAACCUGCUCGUCGGAGGAAGGCUGAUUACCUACUUCACCCCCAAGGAUUACACCACGCCAAAAGGGGCUGGAACUGUGAUUGAUGCGCUGGAAAAUGUCCCGGGAUUGAAAGACAUCCAUUCCUCCCAGGCGGGGGAGAGCUUACGCCUUUGGUACACGACAGUGGAUGAUGCACUCUACUAUUACACCACCACAACUGCGGACCUGUCAACUGGCAUAGAUGUCCCGCUGCUCCCAGAGGGCCAGGGAGGACGCGUGUCUGGUCUUCUUUGUGCGCAGUCCAGAGAAGGCCAAGACGACCUUCUGGUCAGUAGUCUUCUUUCGGUGGACCAGAAUUCGAAUAUCUAUCUUCUCCAACAGGACUCUGCUUCAAAGACCUGGCAACAAUACCCGUUCUGGUUCUCUUCGGAGAAGAACGUGAAGGAAGUCGAAAGCUAUAUGCUCCGGUUCCGGGUUCUGCAGAACGCUGACCCCGAUGCCUCUCGCAAUGACGACGAGGGAGAGAUGAUUGCCGGUUCCUGGUUGUAUGUCCGUUGCUCCGGUGUUGUGCGAUGCUAUGUAAAUGGAAAGGCUGCGACGAUCUCCCCCACCCCGCAAUGGUAUCAGACCGAUGCCAAGGGAGUGUUGAAUAUCCUGCUGCAGACGGAGGACGCAACCUGUCACCUGUUCGCUGCUGAGCGCUACCGCCCGGUCGAGAUCCCGGGGAGAAAGUGUCGGCGUACGAGCGAGCAACUACUGGAAGACCCUCUAUUGGAUCCCUCCGAAAAGGUUGUUGGCCGACUGAAGAAUAUCAAGACCGAAGAUGAUUUACGAGCCCUUCGCAGACAAGAUGGAACCGCACUCAUUGAUACUGCUGUGCCAGCCGUGGACGUCCGUCUGGCUGCCGACGCGUUUCAAAAGCUCUCCGAGCGGGCAGACGAGAUUCACCUGGAUCAGAAGCAAAGGCGCGCGGCGUAUCGAAUGGCAGUCCGCGAACUUAAAGGCCAGGGUACAGGGGGCGAUAUUGUGCCCUUUGCGUGGUGGGACGAUGCGUUGGACUGGUUAAACGGGGCCUGGAAUUGGGUCACAGACAAGGCAAAAGAUGCAUGGGAAUGGGGUGUUCAGCUUGUCGGCGAUGUCUGGAAAUUUAUCGUCAAGAUUGGUGGAGAAAUCUUCGAGAUUGCACUGACCACCAUUACCUCCAUUGUCAACGGCAUCGUGUGGGUGUUCAAGAAGGUUGGCGCGUUCAUCAAGGACGUGAUCGAGUUUCUAGGAUUCCUCUUUGGAUGGGGUGAUAUCCUGGACACCACCUAUAGCAUCGUGGCUGGGUUCAACUCUGCCCUGGACUACGGUAAAUCGCUGCUGAACUCACAGCAGGACAAGGUACACGAAUGGCUGGAGAACCUGCGUGUCACACUCAAGGAUCAGCUGCCUGUGCUCCAGCAAAAUGACUACGGUGGGACCUUGAAGGGCCAGGAAUUAGCCAAGAUGUUGUCGGGGAGCAGCAAGCAGUCUGAGGAGGAGGAUGAAGUGAAGCAAAGCGUGGCAUACAACUGCGCUGAGGAUGAGCUGCUCCGUCUGUGGGACACUGUCGUCGACCAGCUUCAGGCCAUCACCGACACUGUGGCCAAAGUUGCCAAAGAAUUUGUGGAUUUCUUCCGGCCCGGAUACUCUGAUGUCAAGACACUGAUCAACAAGGUCGGCACCAUCCUCAUCGAUGAACUCGUCGAUGCACUGGAACGCUUGGCGGACAUCGUCUUCUACGCUCUAUCGGCUGGGAUAGGCAUCGCAAAGGACCUGGGAAACAAAACCAUUGACAUCCCCAUUAUCAGCUGGGUCUGGGAGAAGUUCAUCGCGCGGGGAGGGCCGUUGACAUUGCUGAGCUUCUGUGCCCUGUUGAUCGCCAUUCCAACCACGGUGCUAUACAAGGCCACGACGAACUCCGCGCCCCCCGAAGCUUACGCAAGCUUGUCCAAGGACAUCACGAACUUUGGACUCGCCGCGUCUUCCGGACUAGAAUUGAUAUCGGAGGAAUUCAGUACUAUUGGGCUCCUCGCCGAUGGCACCUUCGAGGGACUGGGGCUGGAGGGAAUCUCGCUCGGGUUUAUCAAUGAGUUUAUGAAUGUUUUCGACUCGGCGAGCGUCACCUUCGAGGCGGUCGGUGGAUUUGUAGAGUGGCCCGUUAUUCCUGACGAGACCACGGCCGUGGACACUCGCGCUUUCGACCUCGCGAAGUUUAACAAGUACUCGCACACACCCGGCAAUGUACAGAGUGAGCUCCGCAAUGUCUAUAGAGUUCUGGGACGGAUACAGAAUUUCAAGAUUAAGAUCGAAUCCGGGAUGAGCGCGCGGGAUCCGAUUUAUUUCGCGUGCCAGUUCUCUAGAACAACUGACUCCGAGGCUGAAUUGCGCGCUUGA